CUCUAACAGAGUUGUUAACAACACUCUUCGUCAUUUAUUUUAUCGGCAAAUAUUCGGAAGUUAUUUGUAUUUAGUUGAUUUAAAAUAGAAAAUCGUUCUUCACUUUAGUUCGACUCUAAGAAGUAUUAUCUAAAGUCACUAUUAGAUUGUUCCUUAAAUUUCUUGCUAGAAAGUCAAUUAAAAUAUUUGAAAAAUGUCUGAUCGCAAAGCAGUUAUAAAAAAUGCUGACAUGUCUGAAGAGAUGCAGCAAGAUGCAGUUGAUUGCGCUACCCAAGCCCUGGAAAAAUACAAUAUUGAAAAGGACAUAGCUGCAUACAUAAAGAAAGAAUUUGAUAAGAAGUAUAACCCAACAUGGCAUUGUAUUGUUGGUCGUAAUUUUGGAAGUUAUGUUACUCAUGAAACGAGGCAUUUCAUUUAUUUUUAUUUAGGCCAAGUGGCUAUAUUGCUAUUCAAGAGCGGUUAAAUUCUUAAUUAAGUACUGCACAUGUCCCCUUCCAAUAUGCAGAAUUUAAUUUAUAAAACUACCUAAAAUAAUUAUCUAAUAUAUAAUACCACUUACUCAUAUAAUAAAAAAUAUUUUUAUGAGCUUAGUUGCAUCGUUUUUUAUUUAUAUUUAUUUACAUUAAAAUUAUUCAUUAACAUUCUAACAUUCCUCAAAUAUUUAUUUUAAUGUUAUUUUUAAUUUUUGAUGAAAUAAUUUAUUGGAAGGGUUUGACAAAUUUUCUCAAUACUAAUUAUUUUUGUUUGUUUAUGUCUUUU